UCUAUGAAACCAGCAGAGAAUAAACAAUCACACAUAUAGCGGACUGGACUGGGCUAAUGGACACUUGUUUCUUUGGGCUUGACAACAAGUUAAUGGGCCCGACCAGAAAAUAGUAGCCCAAAGCAACAACGAACCAGUAAAUCAAUCAGCAGAGUUAUUCCUUUCACAGCGGAUUCAAUACCAAGAAAAGAACACGAGGUUAGUUAACGGGCGAGGCGGUGUAUGCUAUAUGCUAUAUGCAUAGCUUACGAAGAUUCCAGUAAUUACUCGACGAUGAAGAAUUGGCCCAUUUAUCACAUGUUUUUUCUUUCAGGAAUAUUGCAAUAUAGAAUAGAGCAAGAAGUUUGAUGUUUCUCACUCUUCUACAUAGAUUUGAACAAAAAUUAAACAUCAUAGCCACUACAUAUGAAUGCCAAGCUGGUAAUGAAUCAAGCAAAAAUACCAACAACUAUGCAUAUUCUUCUUGUUCUGUUUCUUGCAGCUGUUGCCUUUCUCAACCAAGCUUAUGCAGAAAGGCUUGCUCCAGAGCCUGCACCACAACUCUCCGCUACUAACUUUGCUUUCCCUGCUUUCGACACCCAAAGUUGCAGCUCCUCCAGCAACCUACUCUGCCUCGGCGCUGUUACAGCCCAUGAUGGUUUCUUAAGCCUUGAGCCGGAGCCUUCGCCAUAUGCUGGUUUUCAAGUCCUAAACAAGGGUGGAAGGGUUCAAUACCGUCAUCCGGUGGGGGCUUGGCUAGCAUUUUUCUCUACCACCUUCACAUACAGAAUUGUCGGAGUCUCCAAUUCACCUUCCAUCCUUUCCUUUGAUGGAAUCACAUUCAUUAUGGCUCCAGAUGACAGGACUGGUGUCAAUCUUGGAACCGUGGGACAAGUAAAUACAGAUGCAGCUAGUGAUAUUCGCCUCAUCACAGUGGAGCUGUAUACUCAGAAGAACGACUUUGACAUUGAUGGGAAUUACAUCACUCUCAGGACAAAUGUCUUUGGAAUUGACCUUAAAAGUGGGAAGGUUAUCAAAGUUCGAAUCGAUUAUAAUAGCUGGAGGAAAUGGCUUGAAGUAUAUGCAGCAUUUGAAUCUGACCCACUUGACAAGGUCUUUUCCACACAAAUUGACAUCGCAGCUACUUUUCCAAACUCCAUGUAUGUUGGCUUCACAGCUGCCACUGGGUAUUUCACAGAGAGCUAUCAACUUCUCAGCUGGGAGUUUAAAUCUUCAACAAAGUGGAACCAAACCAAUAAAGAAUGA